CCGACUUUCAUCCCCAUAAUCACUUUGAAGAGUGUCCCGCCGUCAACAAAGCUGCCAUCAUGUCCCCGUCUAAAAAACGCAAGCGCUCAUCUCCCCCUCCUCCUUCCAGACGCUCUGCCCGUCUCAAAGGACAGGAUGCUACCGCCAGUAGCAGCAGCAGCAGCCGUCCCACCGUGCCGCCUCCCCCUCACCCGCGGAGAGGCUUGUCUGUGCUGUCAACAGACACUGAGAACUCACAAACUAUGCCGAAGCUGCUCAGCGAUGCUGUCCAAAGGAUCUCGACAUAUUCUGCCCAGGGUCGACAGCACGAGGACAAGCUUAAACCGGCUCUAGAAGCAUGCUUGGAGUGGUUACCGGAUGAAGGAAAAGUAUCUGUUGCCCGAGAUAUCCUAGCUACUACUACGGAUGAGGAUUUACAUCAAGUGUUCUUCAAUCUCCUCACCGCACUUGUAAUGCCUAUGAAAACGCGGUCGCAUGCCGGCUCCGUGACAAGUUCCCCGCACCCUCACAGACAAGCUGCAGAAGAGGCUGUGGCCUCAACUCUUGAUCAACCCCCUGAACGCGAGAAUAGAUUUCGCAAUGAUUGUUUACGGAGAGAUGACUACCGUUCCGUGGCGAGCGGCCUUCUGGACCAUGAUACCUAUCUCGAACGAGGAAGGCCCCAGGGCGUCGGUUCAGCAAGAUUAACGGUAGCCCACAUCGUGCCUUUUUCUUAUGGGAGCUGGAGUACGGCUACAGUACAACCCCAUACCUCUACUAUAUGGGAGGCUCUCCUGCGUUGCUUCCCCGAUAUUCGCCGUAUUGGGUUUACACCUGAAAGCAUCAAUGAUGUGCGCAACGGUAUGACAAUGGAUGUGGCUCUACAUAUUUCAUUCGACUCCUUUGCCCUGGCUUUUAAAAGCACAGAUACCCCGAACAUGUAUGAGUGUAUGAAGUUUAGAGGCUUCACCACCUCCGAUGCCAACUAUUUGCCUGAUAAUGGUGUAAUAGUCCUAAAGCAGGCACCGGGCACGGAGGAUCUUCCACUUCCCAGUCCCGUACUACUUGACUGUCAUUAUCGGCUUGCCGAGAUCCUAAAUGCUUCUGGUAUGGGCGAUGUUAUCGAUGAGCACUGGCGGCGCUGGGAAGAAUUGAAGGCUACAGUCCAACACACGCUGCGGUCAGAUGGAGAUAGUGAUUUGGGUAAUCUGCUAAGAACUGCUUUGUGGCACCGCGUGAGAACGUAACGAAUUGCGGCCCAGGCAUGUAGUACAUGCGAAAUCGGGAAUAUGAGGUAU